AUGGAAACUAGAGUUCCAGGAUUUUCCAGUAUCCUCAGGAUCCUCCUUCUGUUCGCUUGCUUCUCAUUACGAACUGAAGCGGCGUUUAAUCCCGAAAGUUUCCAGCAAAAAUUAAUUGCCUUACAAAAGGUUCUUGACUACAUGAACAACAGACCAGAGCAGAUGAAUCUGGAUGCUGCUUUCGGUGUUACCUUAACCGAAGCUAAUUUGGUGGCGGCGCUCCUACAUGAAAAUGUUCAAUAUUUGGAAGACAAAUUCUUCAUCGCUCUCAAAGAAAUGGUUGUAUUAUCCGAUUUAACUCGGAAACAUUUGAUGAAGAUUAUUGCUCCGAAGAACGAAACUAAAUUUUUAAUGCUAUCGACUUUAAACAAUCCCAAUCAGUGGAUAAAAUCUAUAUCGUGGACGAAAGUCUUUUCAAAAUCGAGAUCUUAUCCUCAUCAAUUAUUAAACUAUCAGGAAGUUGUUCGAUCAAUAUGGCAUGGAACACCCACUGAAACGGAAAGCGAUCAAUGUUUAAUCGAAAUAAUGCGUAGCAGUUUAAAGGAGGAAUGUGAAAUUCCCGUUGCUUGUGUCGCAACAUUGAUAAAGGAAGAUGAUACUACCGGAUAUCCUCUUACACAUAGAUUGCUCAUCGUUCAAGUUGCUAAAGUACUGGGAUGCGAAGAGGUCAUCGACAAAACGGCUUCGCUCUCCUCUUUGGUAUCCACGUAUUGUACCAGGAUCUUUCAGAAUCUCAUUAAUCUUGAAGCAUGGAACUUCCCAAACGUUACGCGAGAUCUCAUGUUGGAGCAAGUUGUUCUAUGCGGCAUGGAAGGUUACUACGAAUUCGUCGAUAAACAUUAUGAAGAUAUAAUACUGAGUUGGUCUCAUUGGAGUGGCUGCUUUGGUGUAAUCGAACUUUCUAACGAACACCAAAUCACUCGGCGAUCAUCGUCGAUAAUCGACUUUGGAUGUGAUAAUCAUACGACAAGUCUUGCUGCCGCGAGUCUUGCCGUAUUUAUUCGAGAAAAUAUAGAAAAUGCUCUUAGUCAGCCUUAAAUUUCUGUUAUUUAUAUGGAGCACUUU